AUGCAAAACCUCGCAUCAACAUACCGGAAUCAAGGACGAUGGAAGGAGGCAGAAGAGCUGUUUGUGCAGGUGAUGGAAACCCAGAAACAGGUGCUCUGGCCAGAGCAUCCCUCCACUCUGACCAGUAUGCACAACCUCGCAUCAAUAUACUGGGAUCAAGGACGAUGGAAGGAGGCAGAAGAGCUGUUUGUGCAAGUGGUAGAAAUUAAGAAACAGGUGCCGGGGCCAGAGCAUCCUGACACUCUGGCCAGCAUGCACAACCUCGCAUCAACAUACCAGGAUCAAGGACGAUGGAAGGAGGCAGAAGAGCUAAAGGUACAGGUGAUGGAAACCUGGAAACAGGUGCUGGGGCCAGAGCAUCCCUCAACUCUGGCCAGCAUGCACAACCUCGCAUCAACAUACCAGGAUCAAGGACGAUGGAAGGAGGCAGUAGAGCUAAUAGUGCAGGUGAUGGAAACCCGGAAACAGAUGCUCGGGCCAGAGCAUCCCUCCACUCUGGCCAGCAUGCACAACCUCGCAUCAACAUACCGGUAUCAAGGACAAUGGAAGGAGGCAGAAGAGCUGUUUGUGCAAGUGAUAGAGACUGAGAAACAGGUGCCGGGGCCAGAGCAUCCUGAUACACUGACCAGCAUGGCCAACCUCGCAUUGACAUACUGUAAUCAAGGACGAUGGAAGGAGGCAGAAGAGCUGGAGGUGCAGGUGAUGAGGAUCUAUGAACAGGUGCUGGGGCCAGAGCAUCCCUCAACUCUGGCCAGCAUGCACAACCUUGCAUCAACAUACCAGAGUCAAGGACGGUGGAAGGAGGCGGAAGAGCUAGAGGUGCAGCUGAUGGAAACCUGGAAACAGGUGCUGGGGCCAGAGCAUCCCUUCACUCUGGCCAGCAUGCACAACCUCGCAUCAACAUACCGGGAUCAAGGACGAUGGAAGGAGGCAGAAGAGCUGUUCAUGCAAGUGAUAGAGACUGAGAAACAGGUGCUGGGGCCAGAGCACCCUUGA